AUGUUUGCUUGUUUUGUUGUUGUUCAAGAUAAGAUUAGCUUUUUAGAGAAGAUGUUUUUGUUCAUGAAUCUGUGUGCCAAGCCAACCCCCGUUGAUGGGGAUGAAGAUGACCGUGGGAACGGCACGCCGAACACAAAAGAAGCCGUCAAGGGUCUGGCGUCGCAGACUUUAAAUCAACGUGUUUUCAUCACUCCUGCAAGGUCUGAUGAUAAUGAGAACUCGGGGGAAUCUGAACAAGAUAUCCCAAUGGCUUCAAUGCUGAACACGGAUUCGACUCCGGGGAAUUUCCAUGCACCCGCUGGGAAUAUGGGGUAUUUCCAUGGUGGGAUAUCAAGGGCUAACAACCCUACUGACAAUGACAUGGAUGCUGAAUGGGUUGAGCAGGAUGAUCCUGGAGUGUCAAUCACUGUGAAGAGGUCAGCUAAUGGGACCAGGCAAAUUCGCCGUAUCAAAUUCAAGUAA